AUGCGUCCAGUGCACCUGCCGUGCGCCGCGAUCCACGAGGCGGCUGCGGGACCAGCGUGCCGUGACCGGACUGCCAGGGCCCCCUCCGAUGCGCGGCUGGGGGCUUCCCGGAGAUGCUGGCCACGUUUUCCCACGUUUUCGGUCUCUAGCUUGCGAAGCACUGGAGAUUUUCGCACAACUAACGCAGCCGACGCUGGGCUGCCCCAAGUUCCUCGGGGCAAGUUCUGUUCCGCAGGGUCCAGCCCGGCCCAGGGGCGCGCCUCGCGCGGCACCCCCGUGCCCCUGCAGGUUGCAAUAAAAAUAAUCGAUAAAACACGAUUAGAUUCAAGUAAUUUAGAGAAAAUAUAUCGGGAGGUUCAGCUCAUGAAGCUUCUAAAUCAUCCUCAUAUCAUCAAGCUUUACCAGGUUAUGGAAACAAAGGAUAUGCUUUAUAUUGUCACUGAAUUUGCCAAAAAUGGAGAAAUGUUUGAUUAUUUGACUUCCAAUGGGCACCUGAGUGAAAACGAAGCGCGGAAGAAGUUCUGGCAGAUCCUGUCGGCUGUGGAGUACUGCCACAACCACCACAUAGUCCACCGGGACCUCAAGACCGAGAACCUGCUGCUGGAUGGCAACAUGGACAUCAAGCUGGCAGAUUUUGGAUUUGGGAAUUUCUACAAGCCAGGAGAGCCUCUGUCCACAUGGUGUGGGAGCCCCCCGUAUGCAGCCCCUGAAGUCUUUGAAGGGAAGGAGUAUGAAGGCCCCCAGCUGGACAUUUGGAGCCUGGGCGUCGUGCUAUAUGUCCUUGUCUGCGGUUCGCUCCCCUUUGAUGGGCCUAACCUGCCGACACUGCGGCAGCGGGUGCUGGAAGGCCGGUUCCGCAUCCCCUUCUUCAUGUCUCAAGACUGUGAGACACUGAUCCGCCGCAUGCUGGUGGUGGACCCCGCCAAGCGCAUCACCAUUGCCCAGAUCCGGCAGCACAGGUGGAUGCAGGCUGACCCCGCCCUGCUACAGCAGGCAGAUCCCGCCUUCUCUCUGCAUAGCUACAACUCCAACCUGGGCGACUAUGAUGAGCAGGUGCUGGGCGUCAUGCAGACCCUUGGUAUUGACAGGCAGAGGACUGUGGAGUCACUCCAGAACAGCAGCUACAACCACUUUGCUGCCAUUUAUUACCUUCUCCUGGAGCGGCUCAAGGAGUAUCGGAACACACAGCUGUCAGCCCGCCCCAGACCCACCAGGCAGCAAAGGCCCAAAAGCGCUGAGCUUAGUGGCUUUGAGGUGCCUCAGGACAGCCUCCCUACUGACCCUUUCCGAACCUCUCUGCUGUGCCCGCAGCCCCAGAGCUUGGCACAGUCUGUCCUGCAGGCCGAGAUGGACUGUGACCUCCACAGUGCACUGCAGCCCUUGUUCUUCCCGGUGGAUGCCAACUGCAGCGGAGUGCUCCAGCACCGCCCUGCCUCCCCUGGCAGCCUGCUGGACACGGCCAUCAGUGAAGAGGCACAGCACAGCCCGCAGGAGGAGCACGAGGCCCCCGAGCCCCUGCCUGGUGGUACGGGACGGAGGCACACCCUGGCAGAGGUCACCACCCACUUCUCCCCACUCACCCCUCCGUGUGUAAUCGUCUCCUCUACCACUGCGAGUCCUUCAGAAGGAACCAGCUCUGACAGCUGCCUGACCUUCUCUGCCAGCGACGGCCCUGCAGGGCUCAGCAGCAGCCUGGCCACUCAAGGGCUGCUGGGCACCUGCUCCCCAGUCAGGCUGGCCUCACCUUUCCCAGGGGCUCAGUCUGCCACCCCUGUGCUGCAGGCCCAGGGAGGCCUGGGAGGAGCUGUCCUGCUCCCCAUCAGCUUUCAAGAGGGACGGAGGGCAUCGGACACCUCGCUGACUCAAGGCCUGAAAGCCUUCCGGCAGCAGCUGCGGAAGAACGCCAGGACCAAAGGGUUUCUGGGGCUGAACGCAAUCAAGGGCCUGGCUCGCCAGGUGUGCCAGCCCUCAUCCAGCCGGGCCUGCAGGGGUGGCCCAGGUUCCCUCCACCCCCCUGCACAGAGCCCGGGCCUGCAGAGCAGUGGGACCAGCGGCCGGGAGAGCCGGAGCCUGCUGGAAGACGUGCUCCACCAGCAGAGGUUGCUCCAGUUACAGCACCACCUGGCUUCCCCACCCAGGUGCCCUCAGGCCCCCCAGCAGUCCCUGGCCCCAUACCUGCUUGCCACCUGCGAUGGCUCUGGGGCCACCCCACUCCCCAGCGCCCUCCUCAUGUCGGGGCUCCCACUGCUGCCGCCCCCCCGCCUACAGGCCAGCGUCUCCCCUGUGGCAUCGGCAGCGCGGCUGCUGGACACCCACCUGCACAUCAGCACCAGCCCUGCUGUGCCCCCGCUGCCAUGCCUUGCCACGCUGGCCCCAGGUUGUGACCCCACAGGGCUGAUGCAGGGGGACUGUGAGAUGGAGGACCUGACCUCUGGCCUGCUGGGGACAUUUGUUCUGGUGCAGUGAGGAGUGGGGCCUGAGCCCACGUGCCCCAUAGCCAACUGACUCUUCCAAGCAAUAAUUUCAGAGUAUGUGAAGAUGUUUCUGGACUCAAAGCCAAGGACUUUCUAGAGCAAAACAAGCAAUACGUUAGGUGUUUUGGCUUUUUAGUUUAUUUUUUGUUUUGUUUUUUUCCUUGCACUGAGUGACCUCAGCUAUGAGUAGGGACUGGAAACUCUAUGAAGAAAAAUAAUAAUCGAGGGGCAUGUUGUGCGGGUAGUGGGCAGGAGGGGAGUGAGCUGGAGGGCAGAGUUGGCAGGGGCCUCGGCUCCCUUGUCCACGGCUCUGUCGUGGUCGUGGAUGGUUGCCUCAGACCUCCGUUGAAGCAGGAGUGGGUGCGUCACUGUCCGCCUAUGGUGUGUGUGUGUGUGUGUGCAUUGACUGGUAUCCUUUUUUUUUAGUUAACAGUUCUCCACUUCUUGAAACAUUUAUGCUUUAACGAAAACUGUGAAUUCUCUGCUUUAUGUAUCAGUUUUAAAACCACUCCAGAGGUCAGCCCAGGCAAAGGUAACCUACAAAUUCUUGGAACUCUCCCCUGAAAUCAGAACCUGGAGGAUCAUUUUUUCUUAUUUUAGAUGAGAAGUUUUAUAGACUGCUCAAGAGUUAGUUUUCCAGGAUUUUUUGGAGGAGCCACAGGAAGGACCUGGAAGAGGAUGGGGCAACUUUGGGUGGUUAUGGCGGGUUCCGUCCCACAAGUCACUUGUCCCAGAACCCCCAGGAGUUUUUGAAGAAGCCGAUAAGUUUCUUCCUGCUGCAUAUCUCUGCUGCUAAUUAAAUUUUAAGCAUUUCAUUAUCAGGGUCCAACAAGAACACCUGACUUGGGGGGUUUGUGCAGUAACGUGAGGCUGUGGCUGUGGGACUGGAGCAGACAGAAGGUGGGCUGCGGGCUCAUGACUGCACCUGCCCUGGGCCGGGACCUCCUUGGUGAGAUGGCCCCACACCCGGGCCUGGACUCCUGUGGGCUUUUGUUCAAGGGAGGUGAAAAGAGGUUUAGGUCAGUGUUUUUAGAGCUUUGUUUCUUUUUUAAAGCAAAUACUGUGUCUGUAUAUAAACGGGAGACAAAUAUACACUACUUAUUUUUUAUAUUUUGUACUACACUUUUGUGUUUCUGGUUGAAACUUCCCUCUCAGUCAUGUUUAGAAGCGUUUCCCAUCAGCACCAGGUUUGUGUUGAGGAAGGGGCUAUGGGGCCUUCUCCCUCUCGGUGCUGGGCCCCUGAGCCGGAGGAGGUAGGGUGGGAGUGGCCUUACCUGACAGGUCCAGGUUUACCUUUGGCAGGUGGGUUCAGUUGGAAACCCGCUGCUCUGCUGGCUCUGCGCUGACUCCCUCUCUGACCCAGGUGCCUUCAGCUGGCUGUGGCUUCUUACAACCUGCAGUAUUAAACAGAGGUCGUUUGGGGGGAAAAGGUGGGUGUUUUAAAAGCCAAAGAUCGACUGAGUUACUUGAGGAUAGGAAGGAAGGCCGGUGUGCACGGCAGCCGCCUGUCAGUGUGGUUGCCGGUCUGUGCCCGUUUCUGUGCUGUCUGCUGAGCUUGCUGCUACCGUUCCCGCUGCUGCUGCUCUGUGGCCCUUUCAAAGAUGGGGCGAAGGACUGGCCUCGAGGGGACGGACCUGGUGCCUUGCCGCAGAGAAAACACCAAAGUUUCCUGCUAACUUGUAAAAAGUUUUUGGAACAGGAACGAGAAUCCAGACCGUCGUGGGGCGACCGGCCCUCUGCCUUCAUUUCUUCAGAGGUAGCACAACCGAUUCCAACACAAAACCCUUCCCCCUUUUAAAAAUGAUUUCUGUUCUAUUGCCAUAGAUCAAAGGCCUCAGAAACCGCUGUGUGACUCCUCUUUGAAGCGAUGACAAGCACUUUACUUUCGUAGUGGUUUUUGUUUCUUAUUGCUGUAGAACCUCUUUUGGAGGAUGAUAAAGUCGUGUUUUUGUUUCUUGUUUGUUUAAAGCGUGUGCGAUGUGUGUUUUGUAGACUUCCCGGCAGCGCUGUUCCACAGGCUGCAACGCAGUAGCCUAUUUAAAGACACUACAUGAUCUGAUUAAGAUGUAUAUAGUUUUGUGGGUUUUUUUUUUUUUUUACCAUAACUGAAUUAUUUUGUUUCUUAUGUUAACAUGAGAAAUGUAUGCCAAAUGAUUAGUUGAUGUAUGUUUUUUUAAUUUAAUAUUUAAAUAAAAUAUUUGAGGGAGAAAACUUGA